GGUGGCGGCCAGCAGCAACUCCGGUCGCCCGUGGUAAAGCGCCCCUCAGCCGCCCGCGUCGCCCUCCAGGGCUGGCUGCACAAGCAGGGCAGCGAGGGGCUGAUGCUCUGGAAGAAACGCUGGUUCGUCCUGUCGGAGUACUGCCUCUUCUAUUACAAAGGUCCAGAAGAGGAGAAACUUCUGGGGUCGAUCUUGCUGCCGUCGUACAAGAUCUCGCCCUGCUCGCCCGAGGACCGUGUGUACCGCAAGUUCGCCUUCAAGGCAGAGCACACGAACAUGCGCACUUACCACUUUGCGGCUGAUACUCGAGAGCUGAUGGUGCAGUGGAUGAACGCCCUCAGCCUCGCGUCCAUCCUGCAGGAGGGCAGUAGUUGGAAUGAUCAUCGGUCCGGUCAUCCUAGUGUGUCUUCCAUAUCAUCCUUGCUAAAUCAAAGUGCUGACGACAGCGACUCGGGUUUCCAUGGUUACCAACAGCCGCAGUCCGUCACUACAGGUACGCCUUCCACAGUUCCUGCUUCCUCGGCCAGUAAACUCGGUGAUGAGCAGGCGGCAAAGAAGGAGGAUGCUGCACACCAACUGAACACUAGCCACGACUCAGUAUUCUCAAAUGGUUGGGGCGUUCAGAAGAAUGGUGCCGGUUUUCAUCAACCGCUGUACGCUAAUGCACCUCCGAAACCGAGGCGCCUCGCCGAGCACGAGGACUACGGUGCCUCAUCACCCGAACCGUCUUCUGACAGAUGGGCCGAAGAAUCGGCUGGGAAGAAGACACCGGACGGGAACAAGGGAUUUCUAGCUAGGAUUGCUCAGCCUCAGCAACCAAUGAGAAAUGAAUAUGGUUUUAUGGAUGUUCGCUACCAUUACCAUCAAGUGGAUGGACAGACUCCGGUACAUUCCUCGCAGAGGUCCCCUCAGCAGGAGCAACUGCAGAGGUUGCCACAGCAGAGCUCAGGAAGUCACGCUCAACUGAUGACCAACGUGGAAAGAAGGACUCCCGACACUUACGGUCGCUCAAAUUCAACAACGCCUGGACCCACUGGGCCAACUAUAGCAGUUGGUUUGAAAGGUGGGGAUUAUGAAGACGUAUACAACGCCACAGACGCCAUGAGGCAUAGUGGUAGCGAAGGUAGUUACGGAGAAGUGUACAGGAAGUCGUCAAGUCAGGUAGCGUAUAUUAAGGGAGCAGGAUCUGUAAUAUCAGUGCAUCACAAGCAGGAAAAUUUGGAACGAGCGCGUGGAGACAAUUACCAUCCGCCACAGGGCGGAGGUCAGUACGGACAUUCUGGCCAUCAACAGCAGAACUACGUAGCUCACAGGUACGCUUCAGCCGUGUCUUCGCAGCAUCCGGACGCGCGCGCGCCAGACACGUACCCCGCAACCACGCAGCAACAGCCGCCUCUUCCUCCUCAACACCAGGACCAAAGUGUUCGGACAGUGAGACGCAGAGACGCGCGGCCAAGCCAGUACCCACCUCGGCCUCACAGCGCCGACUUCCUGGACUAUGAUGCCAAGAGGAGUAAUCAGCAUUACGCAUGCCAAUCACAAUAUCACGGACAAGAAGCCGCUAGAAGUAGAGACUAUUUGCAACACGGUUGUGGUGACGGCAGAAUCUGUCAGGAAGAGCAUGCUCGUAGGGUAGCUCAAUUACCACGGCCGAAGUCAAGCCUAGAGAUGGUGCCUGCUCACGACCCUUCUGUCAGCGAUAACUAUUACUGGUCUGAGGAACAUUAUGCUCAAAAAAUGCGUCAGUCGGCCUCCUACGUCCAUCAGAUUUCUCCAGUGAUGCACGUAAGAAAUCAGUCUUCCUCUUCGAGGGCGACGACUCCUUCGAUACGGAUAAGUACUCCGUCGGGCUUGAUAAAUGUGGAUGGAGGGAUGAAAGGUGGUGCUCAAGUGAGGGGCGUUAGCUCGGGGGGGAGUGUAAACAGUGAGAGCGCCGGUGUAGUUCUGCGGCAUCCGAAGAGGACGGAAUUAAAGCCGAGCGACGCGGCAACAGCGCAGUCACCCUCGAGACAACACUAUCAGCAGAGGAGAUGGAGCGAGUACAGAGACCCUUGUUCAGACGGCCAGUUUACGAGAUCGGCCAGCGCAAGGUUACCUCGACAGCGAUACCAGGAUGACGAGAUCGAUUCCCAGUGCGAAGAGCAGCAGCGGAAAUGUACCUUAGAUGCUUGUGAGGGAGAGAAAAAAUUACAACAGCGGGAGGAAUCCAUGAAGCGUCUCCUGGAAUGGAAACAGCGGAUGCUGCAGUCUCCGUUGACUCGGAAACCUUCGGGUUCAUCAGCUCGGGGGACGGCACAAAAUGAAUUGUCUAAGUAUUACAAACAGCAAGUACUUCAAGAACUCGCGAGUCGAGAGGCUCGGAGCAGGGACCUCACGAGCGGUCAAGAUGGCCGUGUCGGCUCCAAGCGAAGAUCACAGCUGGACGAUACCGGCACGGUGCCAGGUCGAUCUGCACUCAGGAGCAGGAGUCAAGAUGGCCGCCGGUCUUCUACGUCCGUCAGCCGCUACAACAGCUACUCAUCUGAUGAUGAAGCCUCGGGGUCUGGUUCUGUGAUUGGGCGGGAUUCACUGCCGCCCAGGGCACUACAGCAGCAGAUUAAAGAUAUAUCGCCUCCCAUCAUCACCCUGACAACAGAGGAGAGGGUGCAGGAGGACGGCGCACCGAACGGUCAGGCCAAGAAGGCGAGUCCUCCGUCGGGUGGUGUGAACCACCCCGCUUUACCCAGCAGCCCACAGGACGGAGGAAACGUGGAGCCGUCCGACCCCAUCGAGAGACAGGGGAAGAGGAACCGGGGCGGUGGUGGUGGCAGCGGACCGUGGGGUAUGAAUGUCUCGGCAGGGGAGCUCUUGGGCAGAACCCAUGAGGAGCUCGUUCUGUUGCUGAUCCAGCUGAGACGCCAGAGUGCAGGAGUGUGUAAAGCCAUGGAGACGUGUCACGUUGAAAUUGAGGCCCAGGCUCGUCUCGCAGAACUGGAAAUACCCAAGAGACUGGAACACUUGCAGAAACUGGACGAGCUUAAGAGACACCUCCUUGACCUAGAGAAACAGUACGAGAAAGGCAAGCCGCUCGUGAACCUGGUGGACAACAUGGUAAAGCUGGGGUCUCUGUACCGUGGUUCUGGCGUGCCACUGCACCCUGGAGCGGCAGGCCCCGGUGAUGUUCACAGCGUUCGGGAAAGGCUGGUGUUCAACCAGAGAGUGCAGGAGCAGAGAUUGUUGGCCGAGGAGAGACGAGACUGGGACAGAGUGAGCCCUGAUCGUGGACAGCUGCAGGCCAAAGUUCAGGAGCUGUAUCGACUUGAUCGCCUCCUGCAAGAGGAAUCUGGCACGCUACAGAGUCUACAACAGGACAAGGAACUGUUGGAGAAGGCGCUGGGUGGUCUGAGGCACAAACUGCAAGGGAGUCGGACCAACCCCGCCGAGAUCGAGAGAUACCGCAAGCAGCAGCGCCUCCUUGAGAAGGAGCUCAGUCGCAUCAGAUUACUCCUAGCUCACAACUCCAAGAAACUGGAAGAGACGGUUGCGGAGAAUGCGAGGUUGGAGCAGGAGCUGGUAGUUCUGCGCCAGAAACUACAGGCUUCACGACGGGGCUCUCAGCAGCCCCAGCAGAGAUCCGCCGCGAGUCUGGUUCCCGACUCGGCUUCGGUGGGCGCGACGGCGGCUCUCGAGGCAGAAUUGCGUCGAGUGCAGCAGCUCAGUAGAUGUGCAGGUCCUAUACCUGGCAGAAAGCGUCACCACAGCACUUGGCUGGAGACGGAUCUCGAUUCACUGGUGUCGCUAGACCACGGCCUAGAUUCACCAGCUAGUCCACAACAUCAGACGUCACCACCCGGCAUCAAGAUUCAACCAGCUGCUGACGGCUCUUCCCAAGCCCCUUUAUAUGUCAACACUGACGCAAAUUCCAUGAGAAUAGGGAUGGGCCACAUUGAAUUUUUGAACUUAUGCAGUGUUUUGGUGAACAUUGCAGCUGCCAUCUUCAUGGCGAAUAUGUGUUGGUUGGGCAUUUUUUGGAAGCCUUAUAUAGGACAGGCAGUAGACAGUGAGUGGGAUAUGAUGGAUCUGGGAGAGUGGGCCUUUCCAGAACCAGAUGGCGGAGAAGAGGCGGGGCAGCCAUUGGCUCGGAGAACAAUCUCUGCAUGUUGUAGUUUGGAGGCCUGGCAGGUCUCAACACAGAUAGUUCUUGCUGCCUGCCAAGAUGGCAGUGAUGGACGUCUUGUGAGCCUGGAUGGAUGGUCUGACCAGAACAUCUACAGAGGUUCUGUUGCGGACAGCGAAGAUCUUGUCCCCCCUCCGCUCCCAGAACUGCCCCCAGACUAUCCACCCCCACCUCCCCCGCCGCCAUUGGAGGCAGACUUGAUGAAUGGUGGGAUUGGACAGCCGUACUGCACGCAGAUGGACAUCAGCGAGGCGGACGAUCGCAUGAAGAGGUUUUAUGUUGCCAAUGGUACAGCUGGCGGUAAGCGAGUCACCGUUGCAGAAGGUGGUGACAUCGGGAUCCCCCAGUACCCAGUAGAGAAACAGCAACUGGGUUGUGUAUUGGAAGAGGAUCCUCAGGACAAGCAGUUCCCAGAAGAAAUGAUGGCACCGGAAGAAGAUCCAAUGUUGAAACAGUUCCAGCGGUCCAUGUCCCUGCCAAGGGGGUUUGGCAAGCGAGAAAGAUUGGGUUACCAACAGCAGCAAGUAGUGCCUCCAUUUCCACCUCUUCGUGUACCGUCUCCUCGCAGCGACAGCGUCACUGUCCUCAGAAACCUCAUGAUAAGCCGUCAUCGAGUGCGGUUCGAAAGCUGCAGCGGUGGCAGCACCAGUAGUGCCGAGAGCACGGGCAGCCAGAGAGCCGCGAGCCCGAGCUCGAAUUCAAAUCGUCCGCUGACGGCUCGGGAGCAGCUCUUUGGGGGAAACCACGAUGACUCUCUGUCUCACCAUUAUGCCGUCACUAGUCCAGUGAGUUCUGAUGUCUCACCACAGUUAUCACCUGUAUUUAAGAGCGAGGCUGCUCGUGCUAUUGUCAUGGAGAUGUCUUCCCUGAGAGAUGCGUCAGGACACAAUGUGGACCACCAGCCACGCAGACGAGCUGUUCCCAAAGAGAAGCGCAGACAUCACACUGUGUCGAGUAGUCAACCUCUGCUUGACAUUGAAACCUCCGCAUCUCCAAUCAUGGGUUCAGCAAGGUCACGGGACGAUCUUGACAUGGAGCGAGCGUUGCGCCCUCGACUGAAUGCUCCCGAUGUUGUCAGGUCUACAAUGAGCCACAAAGACUUUAAGUACAACGAAAACACAAUCGACAGUAUUUUGGGGACUCCCAACAAAAUUGUUAUACCUGAACGAUACAUUCCAGAGCAGGCCCCUGAACUUUCUGCGGAAGAGCAGAUGCAUCGGCUUAAGAAAGCGGAAGCCAUUAGGAAGAUGCUGUCGGAAACAACUUCCAUUACAACUUCUGAUUCUAAAGAGAGAGAAGAGGAGGAACAAACAUCAACAUUGAAGAAGAAAGUUGCGGCAGAAAAGAAACAGAGAGAACAUCUGCUUCAGCUGAAUCAGAUCCUGGCCAAACAGGUGAUGGAGAAAAGCAAAAUGGUGGCUGUAAAAGCACUAGCAACGUUGCCGCUCAACACCGAGCCGAGUUUCGAUGAGGACGAUCUUUCUCCAAUUCAGCCGCUGCCUUUGUUUCAACAGCGUGAGAAUUAUUUCUCAUAGUGGAGCCAGCAUCCAGAACAC